GCUGUGAUUGAUGGGGAUAUCUGGGGAUUUGUGGGUUUAAUUUUUCCAGUGUGAAAUGUUAGACCUUUUGAACAAUCCCAAUGUCUGACCAAACUCUGGUGCGAGAAAAAGUGGGACUUUGACGACUCCAUUUUUCAAAGCCCUUGCUUAGUAUUUGUAUUUCGGUUGUUUGUUAUUUCAUUAUUAGCGGCUGUUGUUAUUUUUUUUUAUCAGGAUUAGGGGCUGUUGUUGUGGUUGGGGGCUUUCUGUUUUAGAAUGAAAUAAUGAUGUGCUUGUUUAUUAUAGGGUCUCACUUCUCUCCUUGUCUGCUUCAAUACAUUUCGAGAACUCACACUGCUUCCGGCCAUCCUUUCUUUGAUCUAUAGAAUUCGAAUUCUGCUGUUAUUGAUUUCUGUAUAUCUGUUGCUUUUGUUUUUGUAGUGCUUACCUACUGGGCUAAGAAGUAGAGGAGAAGAGACUUCAUGAUUGGGUUUUUUAGUUCAAACCCUCCAAGGAUGUUUUGAGGCCUGAUUUUACCGUGAUUGCACUGUUAUUGUUUUCUGUUGCCUUGUUGUUUUAUACUAGAUUCUUUUUGUAAAAAAGUUGAGGGACAUAGAAUACAUAAUUGUGGUUUUGCGAAAGAGUAGUUUUGGGUGCCUUUUUGAUGGGGAUUGUUUGGAGGGUUCUUUGUAUGAGAUGAGGGAUGUUAUCUGGGUUGAUAAACUUUUUGAGGGCCUGUUUUCGGCCAAGGUCCGACAGAUAUGUGCCCAGAAACUCAGAUACGAGUGGUCACCAAGAUGGGCUCUUAUGGUACAAAGAUCAUGGGCAUCACUUCAAUGGUGAAUUCUCAAUGGCUGUAGUGCAGGCCAACAAUUUACUGGAGGAUAUGAGCCAGAUUGAGUCUGGCAGUCUGAGCGUGCACGAGUCUGGUCCAUUUGGCACCUUUGUUGGUAUUUACGAUGGUCAUGGGGGUCCGGAGACAUCACGAUUUAUUGCUGAUCACCUCUUUCUGCAUCUCAAGAGGUUUACUGCAGAGCAACAGUCAAUGUCUGUGGAUGUAAUAAGAAAAGCAUAUCAAGCGACAGAAGAAGGUUUUGUCUCUAUUGUUGCCGAACAAUGGCCUAUGAAUCCACAAAUUGCAGCCGUUGGAUCUUGCUGCCUGGUUGGUGUUAUCUGCAGUGGAACUCUUUACAUUGCCAACCUUGGUGACUCCCGUGCUGUUUUGGGGAGAGCUGUGAAGGCAACUGGGGAUGUUCUGGCCAUCCAACUAUCAGCAGAACAUAAUGCUUGUAUAGAGUCUGUGAGGCAGGAGUUGCAAGCCAUGCACCCUGAUGACUCGCGGAUUGUAGUUUUAAAACACAAUGUAUGGCGUGUAAAGGGACUUAUACAGAUUUCUAGAUCCAUCGGUGAUGUAUAUUUAAAAAAGGCUGAGUUCAACAGGGAGCCUUUAUAUGCAAAGUUUCGUCUUCGUGAACCUUUCGAAAGACCAAUAUUGAGUUCAGAACCAUCAAUUUCGGUGCAUCAGCUGCAGGUACACGAUCAAUUUGUCAUAUUUGCAUCUGAUGGACUUUGGGAGCACCUUAGCAAUCAAGAAGCAGUUGAUAUAGUUCAACGUCAUCCACGGAACGGAAACGCUCGGAAGCUAUUAAAGGCUGCCUUGCUAUUAGCUGCAAAGAAAAGAGAAAUGAGGUAUUCUGACCUGAAGAAGAUCGAUCGUGGUGUACGCCGACAUUUCCACGAUGACAUCACAGUAAUAGUGGUGUUUCUUGACUCGAAUUUUGUGAGCAGGGCUAGCUCUUCCAAGCCCCCUAAGGUAUCGAUCAGAGGGGGUGGAGUAAACCUGCGUCCAAACUCAUUGGCUCCUUGCACCAUGCUGACGGAAGCUGGCAAUAACUGAUAAAUCUGUAUGUCAUGUUUUUAAUCUGUUAUUUGAUUCUCUCUUGUGAAUAAUACCCAGGUAGCUCCCGGAAGAGAUAUGAGGAGCGAACCUUGAAUUCUUUAAUGUAUGCUGUAACUUUUAACUGUGAACCAAUACUAGCAUUUAGCUUGUGUGUCAAAAAAAAUUAUAGAAGUGAACCAGAGAAUAGUAGGACAAGGUGAGUUGUUCCUUGGAUAGUUUUCUACUCAGUUCACUUUUUUCGAGCAUCUUCAUGUUUCGAGCAUCUUCAUGUUCGGCCGUGUAAAUUGUAUGACUUGGAAAAUCAAGCACCUUUUAUUGUUUCUCUC